AUGUUAGCCUCGUCAUCCAGUGACGAAGAAGUUGAUGACAAUUCACAACAGCAAUCUUCAAACGGCCCCAUAAGCUUAGCUAACCGUAGUGCUCGAGGUCACCCAGGUCGUGGAUCAUUCUCCGCGGCCCCAGGUCAAAUUAUUCGAAAUGUCCCUUCUCAAGCCCAACACCCAAGUCAGCAAAAGCACAAUGGAUCUAGAUAUCCACGUUCAUCUCGGCAGGUAUUUUCUUCAACAUCAUCACGUUCCAGCAUUCGUUCCAACGACACUUUAGAUGGAAUUAAUCCACGUAGCAGAUGGGCAUUUAAGUUCAACACUUCCGGUAUUCAAGUUAAUAAAACUCAACUUCCGCCAUCGGUGUAA